ACAACUUACUACACUGUUGUGGCUGCUUCAUAUUCAUUUCAUUUUUAUUAUCCAAUGACCCAAUAUUGCUGCUUUUUAUGUUUUAUGGACGACAAAGCAUUAAAAGACUGGAGACGGAUAAUUGGAUUUUAACAAGCAAAUCUUCUGUACUCUGUGUCAGGAUGGAAUUUGGCUCCGGGAUCUGGAUAUUCUUCGCAAUCACAGUGCUGUUUCAGGUUUGGAUGGGCAGCCAAGGUGAGACCACUCAAGAUGGGUAUUCCUUCCAGGUGGACUCCAGUGUCAUUGUCAUACAAGAGGGUCUAUGUGUGUCCAUUCCAUGCCAAUUUACAGCUAACAACAGGAGGAAGUUCACGAAUAGCACUGGCUACUGGAAGAUGGCAUUGGGAACUGCUGUGGCCUCCAAUGAUAAGUCCAUAGCGUUAACAAAACAAAACUUUCACCUGGUUGGAGACCCAAAUGUCGGGGACUGCACGCUGCACAUAGCCGAUGCCACAAAACAAGAUUCUGGGACCUACUUCUUCCGAUUUGAAGAGAGCAAAGACAGUCUCAAUAAGUUUAAUUAUAUGGCUAACAAAAUAACUGUCCAAGUGACAGAUCUCACUCAGAAACCCGAAAUCAUUGUCUUUGGGGAGAUGGUCGCCAAAGAGGAAGUGAGAAUGACUUGUUUACUUCCGGGAAUCUGCUCACCGCCGAUGAUAAAAUGGUGGAGGGACAACGCAGAUGAAGUUUUGGAAAGCACAUCUAUGUCAAUAACCCCGAAUUUAUGGGACCAUGGAAUUUCUGUAACCUGUGAGGUGUCCUUACCAAAGGUGGACUCUUCUACUAGACAGACCCUAAACUUGGAUGUUCAGUAUCCCCCAACCAUUAAGGUCCAUACCGUUAUUGAGCCUUCAGAAGUGACUUUAGAGAACCAUACAGUGUCCGUGAAGGAAGGGCAGUCCGUUAUUCUGAGUUGUUUGGUGGACAGUAAUCCAGCGGCUGACGUGACCUGGACCAAAGGAGAGAAGACCAUAGCCAGCAGUGUGACCGGUCAGAAGCUCGAACUCUACCUGGCACAUGUAAAGCCCAGCGAUGCCGACACAUACAGCUGUACAGCACAGAACAAUCAUGGAGACACAAGUGACUUUGUUGAUAUUGAAGUGGAAUCCAGCAAAGUAGAACCUAAUGACAACCUCUAUGCUGAUGGAUCUCCUGAUCUGGAAGAAGUCACUGCAGCUUCACCUCAGCAAGCUUCCAGGGACAUUGAUUACAAACUCCUUGCUGGGCUGGUAGCAGGAAAUGUCCUGGUCCUGUCGCUGAUCGCUCUGGGCCUUUUCUGUUUGGUGAGAAGGAACAUGAAGAGAAGACAGCAAGGUAUAAUCAACAAUGGUCAGGAGCUCAGUUCACAGGGAACGGCAUCGUCCUACAAGGGCUUCAAUAAUUAAGUUUUAUGAACGGAAUUAGGAACUUCGUGAACUUUGACAUCAUCGUCAUCUCUCUAAACCGCCAUGCCGGAAGACUCAUUUCAUUAUUUAAUGUUGUUGGGGGACUUUGUUCUUUUACGUUCUGCUACUUACCAUCAUUCCCCGUCCCAUAUCACCCUUUUUUCCUUGUAGACAAACAAAAAAAAAUACCCCUCCAAUGCUCCCAUCACUGGGGUAGAUUCAGGUAGCAAUUAUGCCUGCGUA